AUGCAACAUAAUGAAUCUGAAUACUACAACAUGUUGAGGGUGAAUGUUUUAGUUAUUGUUGUAUUGUUGAUUGUUGCAACUGCACAAGCUCAACAAGAAGGCGAUUGGAACUUAUACAAAACAACCGUUCGUGUUCAAAAUAUAUUGGGAGGUAAUAGUGUUCUUGUGGUUCAUUGCCAUUCAUCAGACAAUGAUCUUGGCAAACAUGAUGUUAUUGGCGGGGCAUUUGUAGAAUGGAAAUUCCGUGUCGAUUUGAGGGAAACUACACUCUUCCGUUGCACCCUUCAAUGGGAUAACGUACCUGAAAAGAAUGUAGUCAUUUAUGAUGCAAAAAUAGACAAUCCAAUAUGUAGAGAAAGAUGUUGGCGAGAAGUAAGACCCGAUGGACUCUUUUUUUUGCAUGAGAAGGGAUCUGGUUUUUGGGAGAAAAGAUACUCAUGGUGA